CCACUCCAGUAGGUGGCGGUAAUGCCGCUUAAUGUUGAAGACCAAACAACUUCCGGUUAGCCAAAAUACCGAUGUGCGUGUUUCAGACUGUGGCGAGAGCACGCUGAUGGGGGACGAAAAAGAGACCUGGAAAGUAAAAACUCUUGACGAAAUCCUGCUAGAGAAAAGGCGCAGAAGAGAAUUAGAAGAGAAAUCAAAUCCUAAACGUCAGAAAAAUUACGCACCAGGCCUUGUUUCACAGGCGAAUGAUCGGGAAAGCAAACGAGACACUCCGGAGGAAGGAGAACUACGUGAUCAAAGAAUGGAAAUAACAAUUCGUAAUUCCCCAUAUGCACGGGAGGACUCGUUGGAGGACAGAGGGGAAGAGGAUGAAUCUCUUGCAAUCAAGCCCCCACAGCAAGUGGCCAGAAAGGAAAAGUCUCACCACAGAAAAGAGGAAAAAAGAAAAGAUAAAAGACGACAUCGAAGUCACUCUGCUGAAGGAGGAGUCAAACAUGUGCGGCCCAAAGAAAAGGAAAAAGAGCGAGAAAGUGACCGCAGGAAGCGUCAGUGGGAGGAAGACAAAGCCCGGAGAGACUGGGAAAGACAGAAACGAAGGGAACAGGCCAGAGCUCACUCACGCAGAGAGAGCAAGUUUUCUUCCAACAGGGACCGUCUGGAGCAGUUGGAGCGCCAGCGUGAACGGGACCGGAAGAUCCGGGAGCAGCAGAAAGAGCAGCGGGAUAUAAAGGAGCGGGAAAGGAGGGCAGAGGAGCGGCGCAAAGAACGAGGAAGUCGACGAGAAGUGCCAUCUCACCAUCGGAUGCUACUGGACGAGUACAACGACAAACCACCCAAACAAAGCCACCGCAGCCGCAGCCCCCUCCCUGUGCCCCGGGACCGACCCGAGCCCGGCGAACCACGAAAAAGUGCUGCAUCAAAAGAAGACAAACCGGAUCUAAAAGAUCUACUGGCAGAUCUUCAGGACAUCAGCGACACUGAAAGGAAAACCAGCACUGCAGAGUCUUCAAUGGCAUCAGGAUCUGGAUCAGAGGUAGAGGAAGACGAGGAGGAAGAAGAAGGGGAGUCUAGCAGCCAAAGUGGGGGUGAGGAAGAGCAGGAAGAAGAGGAGUCGGUCUCAGGUUCAGGACGGUCUGAACAGAGUGCAGGCGUCAGUGAGGAAGAGCAGUCAGCAGAAGAGUAUGAAGAGGAGAGGGAAAAUGGAACCCAUGUCCCUGCAGUGCCACAGUCCCGUUUUGACAAUGACUCAGAGGAGAGCGGUGAAGAAGAGGAAGAAGAGGAGGAGGAGGAGGAGGAGGAAGAGGACGAUGAAACAGGAGGAGAGGGCGAGGUCACUCCUCACUCUGAAACUCAUUCUCGCUCCCCCACCCCUGAAGAGAACUACAUGCCAGAAUCCCCCCCAGUUUCACCUGUGGAGCUGAAGAAGGAGUUGCCCAAAUAUCUACCGGCUGUACAGGGCUGCCGCAGUGUGGAGGAGUUCCAGUGUUUGAACAGAAUAGAGGAGGGAACCUACGGUGUGGUCUACAGAGCCAAGGACAAGAAGACGGAUGAGAUUGUGGCUCUGAAAAGGCUAAAGAUGGAGAAGGAGAAGGAAGGCUUUCCCAUCACAUCUUUGAGAGAAAUCAAUACAAUUCUGAAAGCUCAGCAUCCAAAUAUUGUGACUGUGAGGGAAAUAGUGGUGGGAAGCAACAUGGACAAAAUCUACAUCGUGAUGAAUUAUGUAGAACAUGACCUGAAGAGUCUGAUGGAAACCAUGAAGCAGCCCUUUCUACCAGGAGAAGUGAAGACUCUGAUGAUCCAGCUGCUCAGAGGCGUUCGGCACCUUCAUGACAACUGGAUCCUUCACCGCGAUCUGAAGACGUCCAACCUGCUGCUGAGCCAUAAAGGCAUCCUGAAGAUUGGAGACUUUGGUUUGGCCCGAGAGUACGGUUCCCCCCUGAAGCCGUACACCCCUAUCGUGGUGACCCUGUGGUACCGAUCACCAGAACUGCUGCUUGGAGCUAAGGAGUACUCCACUGCCGUAGACAUGUGGUCAGUGGGCUGCAUUUUUGGCGAGCUCCUUACCCAGAAGCCUCUGUUCCCUGGAAAAUCUGAAAUCGAUCAGAUCAACAAGAUUUUCAAAGAUCUGGGAUCUCCUAGUGACAAGAUCUGGCCCGGCUACAGCGAGCUGCCCGCCGUGAAGAAGAUGACCUUCACCGAGUAUCCGUACAACAACCUCCGGAAGCGCUUCGGAGCGCUGCUGUCGGACCAAGGCUUUGACCUCAUGAACACAUUCCUUACCUACUGUCCCAGCAAGAGGAUCUUAUCUGACGCAGCGCUCAAACACGAGUACUUCAGAGAGACCCCCCUCCCCAUCGAGCCCUCCAUGUUCCCCACCUGGCCGGCCAAGAGCGAGCAGCAGAGGGUGAAGAGAGGCACCAGUCCGCGCCCCCCAGAGGGAGGCCUGGCCUACAGUCACCUGGGGGAUGAUGAUCUGAAGGAUACCGGAUUCCACCUGACGACCAGCAACCAGGGAGCUUCUGCAGUGGGUCCAGGCUUCAGCCUGAAGUUCUGAGCCUGGAGUUCCUGUCUGGUCGUCCAGCACAGGAGGACGGGGCGAACCGUUUUCUACUGAUCUCCAACAAGAGUCAUCAGUGUCAGGACUGUCUGCAGCCCGACACGAGGCUUCCCCCGGUUGGUUUUCAGCUCCUCUUCUGCUCUAAGACCUUCACAUCUUUUAGCUCCUCCUGGGGAUUCUAACCUUAACCUGUAAAGUGUGUUUCUGCUGUUGGACUCUCCUGGUUUUACGUCAGAAACGGACCAGACCUGUUACCAGAAACUCCCUGAACCUCAGCAGUGAUGCUGCAGCUUUGGCAGCAGGUUUCACCAGAAAAACUUUAGAAUUUAGCUCACCACAAAUAAAGUUUGAACUUUU